AUGAAACCCAAUGCCCGCCCGCGAUCCCCCUCCUCCCUCACCCUCCCCGAAACCCUCAUCCACCUCUCCCUCACGCUCCUCUGCCUCCUCCUCCUCAACCCCCUCUCCCUCUUCCAAACCCAAACCCCCACCCGCGAACCACUCCUCGCCUCCCUCGCCCUCAGCGGCAUCGCCUUCUCAUCCACCUACUCGAUGAUCCGCUGGCUCGGUCCCACCUUCAUACGCGCCGGUCUCAAAGGAACCGACCUCUCCAAACGCGAUCGCCGGGAAAUUCCCGAAACCAUGGGUGCCAUCUGCGCCGUCGUCUAUUUGCUCAUCAUCAUGGUGUUUAUUCCGUUUGCGUUCUAUAAGGAUAUUGUGGCGGCGACGAGUGGAGGUGGGAAUAGGGAUGUGGUGUGGGAGGUGAGGGAGGAUCUGGGCAUGGAUGUGCAGAAUGGGAGGUUUUUGCAUAGGUUUCCGCAUAGUAAGCUAGCAUCCUACCUCUCGGCCAUCCUCUCCCUCCAAUCCGUAGUGAUCCUCGGAAUUGGCGACGACCUCUUCGAUAUCCGGUGGCGGCAUAAAUUUUUCAUCCCCGCCAUCGCCAGCAUCCCCAUUCUAAUCGUCUACUUUGUCGAUUUCGGCGUGACGCAAAUCGUCAUCCCAAUCCCCCUACAACCCUAUCUCGGCGAAUUAUUCCAACUGGGUCCUCUAUAUUACAUCUACAUGGCCGGCAUCGCCAUAUUCUGCCCCAACAGCAUCAACAUCCUCGCCGGCAUAAACGGCAUCGAAGUAUCGCAAUCCCUCAUCAUCGCCCUCCUCCUCGUCCUCAACGAUACCCUGUACCUCCUAACCCCGUACCCGCACCCCGCCACCGACUCACAUCUCUUCUCGCUGUACCUACUGCUCCCCUUCAUCGGCGUAUCCCUCGCCCUCCUCUUCCACAACUGGUACCCUGCCCGCGUCUUCGUCGGAGACACCUACUGCUACUUCGCCGGCAUGGUCUUCGCGACCUGCGCCAUCCUCGGUCAUUUCUCCAAAACCCUACUCCUCCUCCUAAUCCCCCAAACCCUCAAUUUCCUCUACAGCACCCCCCAACUCUUCCACCUAAUCCCAUGUCCCCGACACCGUCUCCCCCACUACAAUCCACAAACCAAUCUCCUCGAACCCUCCAUAACCCCCUGGCCAAAUCCUCCCAAACCCCUCCAAGCAACCCUUCUUCACCUCCUACAUAAACUGCAUCUCCUCGCUCUCAAAACCAAUAACGAGGGGCACAUAAUCGAAAGUAGUAAUUUCACACUGUUAAACCUAUGGCUCGUGUGGUUUGGACCCAGGAGGGAAGAUCGCUUGGCGCUGGAGAUUUUGUGUAUGCAGGGUGUGUGUGGAUUAUUUGGCUUGUUUGUGAGACAUCGAUUGGCGUUGUUGAUUUUUCAGAGUGAUAAUUUGAGUGUGUAG